ACCAUAAAAUUGCAGUAUCAUCAUAUGUUUCUGUAGCCAAUUACCUUUUAAUAUUUCUUUUUAUCUGUUGAGUAGAAAAUCUUUCUUGAGAGUCAGUGUUAAUUUAUCCCGUUUUUAUUAUCAUGAAGAAUUGUGGGCUCUUGUCCAUAAUGAUCUUUGCCAUAUGGUUGAUCAUGACUCUUAUAAUAUAUCUUGCGAUGAAAACAGCUUUAACCAAGCAAGAAAGAAAUGAUUGUGAUAUGACUUAUAUGUUUGAGCGCCCGGAAUAUAUCAAAGUUAAGCUAAAAGAACAGACAUCUAAGAAAUUUCCUAGAUAUGGACUUUACUUGUAUGGUGAAGGCUACUAUGCCCAAGAGCAAAGGAGGAGCUUGCAGCUGCAUGGAAUACCAGUGUUGUUUAUUCCAGGAAAUGCUGGAAGUUACCGCCAGGUAAGAUCACUUGCUUCAGUUGCUCUUCGUAAGGCACAUGGACGUAGAAUACAUUUCAAUUAUUUCACUGUUGAUCUUGACGAAGACUUAAGUGGAUUAUAUGGUGGUGUACUAAAACAAGAGGUUGAUUUUGUCUACAAAUGCAUCUUGCAUAUUGCUCAGAUGUACAGAAAAAGUCAUUCAACACCUCAAUCAAUCAUUCUCAUUGGUCAUUCCAUGGGUGGGAUGAUUGCACGUGCUUUGUUUGCUUUGAAACAUCUUCCUUGUAAACUUGUAUCAGUCAUUAUAACACUGGGAACACCUCACAAAGAACCAGUUCUAUCAUUAGAUAGCCAUCUUAACUCUUUUUAUCACAUUGUCAACACUUUUUGGGGAUCAAAUACUUUGCUGGAAAAUGUUAGCAUUAUAGCACUAUCCGGGGGCUCUAGAGAUGUGCUGGUUCCACCAAAAUAUUGCUCCCUCCCUACGACUAUGUGGAAACAAGAAAGUGUUGUGGUAACCACAGCAUUAACUAAUGUCUGGCUGACUAUUGAUCAUUUAGCUCUGUGUUGGUGCAAACAACUUGUUUUGGUUGUAAAUCGGGCAUUGUUCUCCUUAAUUGAUGAAGAAAUCGGUGGAAUAUAUAGGGAUAAAAGCACUCAAAUAAAAGUGUUACAAAAGUAUUUUGGAGGUUUUGAGAAUGACAAUGAGGUGAAGGGCCGAAAGAUUGUCAAAUCUAAGAUUCAUUCAUCAUUGUCUCAUUAUAUGGCAGCAAGAUUUGUUGGAAGGGUACAAAAAUUGUCUUUAUAUGAUAAAAUUGUGAUUGAAGUUCAUCCAAACAUCUCCAACAAAUAUCUUGUAGUUUUGUCAAGGUCUUUAGCAAAUAUUUUUAUUGGAAAUUGUAGAAGUAUUAAAAAUAAUAUGUGUGAUGAAAUUGAGCCAGUCACUUCCUAUACAUUACCAAGUGUGAACAAGAAAGCAGUGUUUGUAGCGCAUUCGACAAAACUGGUGAAUACCUCACACUUAACAAUAUCUUCUCUUCAAUAUCCAUGUAAAAUUUUCAUUCAACUACAAACUACUAGCAAUUUGAAAAUGAUUAUUGGCGUCAGUAGAUUUCGGUCCACUGAUUUAUUUCUAAAUAUUUCACUACCAAUGAUCGGAAAUAACUUUGACAUUUACAGUAUCAAAGUGAAAAAGGUGAAUUUGCCAUCUGACUAUGACCAGCGUAGUUUGCUUCUUGGAAGAAUUCAUAUUCCUUGGUCCAGAGAAGAUAUUUAUGCAAAAGAACUUGAGUCAAUGGAAUUUAACCUUCUUUUACAACUUCAUCGCCCAAAACCUGCUGGAAAUUCACAUGUCGUUCAACUUCAUGUUUGGAAAACAGAUAAUUGUGAAAUUGAGGUUACAGUAGCGUACAGUUUUUGGAAAACAAUUGGUCGAAUAAUGAUUUUGUACGGCCCAUCGAUAGUACAAUGGAUGUAUUCUUGGUUUAUUUUUAUUGUAAUUUACGAACAAAAAGAGUUAUGUGUUGGGAAUAUUCUCUUGCCACUUCAUUCUCUCAUUUUUACAAAGAAAUUUUUAAAGUUUCUUCCACCGAUGAUAUUGCUUGCUGAUGGUAAAAGAAUUCGACAUUUAUUGGUGUGCAUUAUUGAGUUCGAAGACUAUCAUUUGAUGUUCUAUGAUUGGUUUUUACCUACUGUCACCCUUCUUGUCAUUUCCAUCAUUUUAUUGUCAACUAUGCUGGCCGUAUUAGAAGUCAGUCUGAUGAUCUUGGCAAAAAUCGUUUUGAUUUAUAUUCCUUUGUGGAAGAAUGCGCAAACAAAACUUGAGAAUGGCAAGAUUUCUUCUGUUGUUUUCUACACAUAUAUUGGCAUUGUCCUGCUGUUCACGAUGUUUAGUAGCCCAAUUGCUCUAUAUUUGCUAACAUGUGUCGUGUUUUUUCUGUGCUGUCAUAUGUCAAUUGUUAUUGAACGAAACACUUUGAGCAAGAUGGAGCGAGUCGAUUUACAGAACAACUAUAUAGGUAUAUGGCGCAAUAUUCUAGCAGCACUUGAUGUUUAA